AGUCAUGUAGUGUUUCCGGUAUAUGUUCAAUAAAUGACUACGGAGGGGAACAGUGUUACGACAUGCGAUGUUAGCGGAGCAUAUAGCGUUCUGGAAGAGGGACUAAACAGGACAUGCAUUUCAGUACUUUAAUAUUUGAUACUUCUAAUAUAUUUUUGCUGAUCCAUUAGACUCGAUGUAUUGUUAGUAGGGGCUAUUCGAUAGAACCUGGGGCGCCAUUAAUAUUUUGAACAGCGGUGGCAGUAAUGCGCUGUGGCUAGUUUAAAUGUGCCUUGAACCCACGAAGAAGACUGUUAUCCUCACCAUGGCGGAAACAGAGCAGCAGUCAGGAUCCACUCCAGAGGAUGAAGCGCAUGAAGUCACAGACAGCGUCACCUUCAUGGUACCCAAGAAAGAAAUCAGCAUGGUGCCAGACAUGGGCAAGUGGAAGCGAUCUCAAGCGUAUGCUGACUACAUGGGCUUCGUUCUGACUCUGAAUGAAGGUGUGAAGGGAAAGAAGCUCACAAGUGAAUAUAAAGUGUCAGAGGUAUGUUCUCUUUCAUAUCAGUCGCUUCUAAAAGCAUGUGCUGGUAGCCUCUACAUAUGUUUAUUGUUGAGGUUAAAGAAGAUGAAAAAUAACAAUACUCCCAUGUCCCAUAUUAUUUUGAAAGAAAAACAUCUAAUAUUGAUCUGAGUGGUGCAGGUCCUGCAGACUAUAUUGGUUCAUUGUGUGUGAAUAAAGCCAGUCUGCAUCUUCAUGGUCUUUGUUAGUGCAGUCUCGGAUUUGUUUGGGGACUGGGCAGCUAUGGAGAAGGCUCUGUCACCCCAUGUCCGGUGCUUGGUCCUGAGCGGAAGAGACAGGAGGUUGGC